AAAUUUGAAUUUCAUUUUUUUUAACCUAUAAAAUUAAUAAAAAAUAUAUAAAAAAAUAAAUAUGAAGGAUGUAAAUAAAAAUUGUCCAUGUGAAAAAUAUGAGAGUUCGUUUGAAGUAAAAAAUUACAAAAAAUUUGAUCAUGAGUUGACGUCUGAGUUGAAAAGAAUAAUGAAAUUAUUAAUAAAACCUAAGAAAGGUUUUUUGGAUUUAUCAGAACCCAGAGAUAAAUUUCCCGAGCCUUCGAACUUGAAAUUUUUGAACGGAUUUUCCGACGUUUUAUCAUCAGACGAGCUGUCGGAAUACGUCACUGGGGUCAUUGUCGACUCGGGGACAGCAAUUUCUAUGAUAUCUUCUGGCUCAUGGAAGCUUCCGAAAGUGAUGAUGCACAAAAAUAUCGUCACCGGAGUGAGAAUUGAUCAGGGAAGAGUUCCGCUCUUUGGAACUUAUGACGAAAAAGUGACCCAAGGUCUUGAUGGUCUUCAUGACAAGUGUCUGAUGUUGAAGAAAAAUAAUUGUCAUUUCACGACGUGGAAGAUCGAGUUUAAAAUUUCUGAUCAGUGGCCCAGUUCUUUGGCAGUAAUAGACAACGCCCUGACAUCAGCUCGGUACGCGAGCGUCACUCAAAGCACUGGGAUGAUUCCCAUAAUUAAUCUCCAGAUAAAAAAUCUCCCGAAAGCCAACUACUCAAUUUUCCGUGCCCUUGACGCUCACCAUAAAAUUUUAUCGACCCUGUUCUCGUCCUUGAACCAGUACCACGUCUCCCUAGAAAAUUUAAUCCUCAUGCUGGCCAUCAUCGAACCUGGGAUCAAUAAUCCUGCGUAUCACCAACCAUGCACAUUAGCUGAUUACACAUCAAGUCUAUUAAGUAAAGUACUUCCGGCCUCUGUACCUGCGAUUAUUUUCACUCACACCAACAACAGUCCCGAGGAAAAGUUUAUCAUAAAUUUGAAUGCACUUGCACGAGAUUCGAACCCUAAAUCAUGGAAAUUAUCAUUCCAUUGUCUCAGAACCGCAGGAAAUCCAUCAAAAAAUAUAUCAAUGAGCACUCUAGCUCUUAUUGAUAAUUUAAAAAAAAUUUCCGAGGCUUCUGACGGACAAGCGGACGAGCAAGAACUUUACCAAAGUUUGAUCCGUCACUGGGAUUAAUUCAUUUCCAGCGGAAGUAUUGAUUUUCGAGAAAAAUUUUUGAAACAAAAGUCAUAGGAAAUUUAAUUUGCUACAAAAAAGGUCCGAUAGUCAAUUGACGUAUCUCUGAUAUUUACGAAGUUAUGGCGAAAAUAAAUGAGGGGUAAAUUAAUUUUGACCUACGAAAUUUAUUUUUGAAUUUAUUUUCGAACUUUGAAUUAAAAUUACGGUGAGAGAAUCAAAUUUUCGAAAAAAUUUUAUGAGAACUUUUUUGUAGAGAAUUUCAUCAGCUACAAAAUUGUUCCUGUGCAUUUUUAUGAUAUCUCGUAUAGUUAAGUCAGAAUUUUGAUUUUUUUACAAUAACUCCAAAUUCAAUUUAUUAAAAAAAAUAAAAUUAAUUACUAGCGACUGCUAAUUAAUUAAUUACAAAAAUUUAUGCUAAAAAAUAAUUUCUUAUAAUUAAAAUAUAUAUACAAUUUCAUUUUUCAUGACAAAAAAAAUGUUUACGCCCCAAAGGUCACGUAGGCAGUAACUUUCUCUGCGCAAUUCUUCAUUUCUACAAAAACAAAUUUCAUAUUUGUUAUAAAUAAUAAAUAUAUAUAAUUAUUAUAAAUAAUUAUCUCGAGUUCAAGUUUGAUAGCCUUGACCUCGACCUUUCAAAUAAUUAUAAAUGUUUAUUUAACUCAUCUAAAUACGAUCAUAUGCCCUUGAUUGACCUCUAAAACCAGUGACGGUCAAUUACGAUCCCUUAAAAAAAAGACGUCAAUUUAUUCAAAUUCUCACGUAAUUCAAAAAAAAAAUACGUCAUCAUUCAAAUAAUUCAUGUCCAGGUCAUAAAUUUAUUCCAGGAUAUUCUACGUCAUCAAAUGAUGAAAUACUUGAAUUAUUUUACUACUUGUUACGUCAUACGAAAGUCAAUAAUUUCAAAUUUUCUGUAAUCAUUCAAAUUUUUUUUUCAUUUAUCAGUGAAAAUUUAUUUCGACUGAUAU